AAAGAUGCAGCUCAAAUGGAGGGAGGAAUUCCUGAACCAACUUUUGCUAAUAAAGGAGCUGAUGCCAUGAUGGAGGAUGGAGGUCAAGAGAACAAGGAAAAUGAACCUAAACAUUCCUGGCCGCAAAUGACUAAGAAGUUCCUGAAGGAUCACUGCAAGCAGAACAAACUUUACUCUACGCCUCACCUCAAUGACACACUGUAUCUGCAUUUCAAAGGCUUCUCGGCCAUCGAGAACCUGGAGGAGUACACAGGACUCAAGUGUCUCUGGCUGGAGAGCAACGGCCUCCGGCACAUCAAGAACCUGGACGCCCAGACUGAUCUGCGCUGCCUGUUUCUCCAGCAGAACCUCUUAUCGAAGCUGGAGAACCUUGAGAACCUGAAGAAACUCUGCACCUUGAACGUCUCCAACAACUACAUCCAGAAAAUAGAGAACAUCUCCGGCCUCCAAGGCCUCACCACACUGCAGAUCGCCCACAACAAGCUGGAGACCGUUUUGGACGUGGAGCACCUGAGUCAGUGUUUGGGGAUCAGUGUUUUGGAUCUGUCUCACAACCUGUUGAAUGACCCAGAGAUCCUCCACGUGCUCGAGGCCAUGCCCGUGCUUCGAGUGUUGAAUCUGAUGGGGAACGAGGUGGUCAGGAAAAUCCCAAACUACAGGAAGAUGGUGAUUGUGCGCCUCAAGCAGCUCACCUUCCUUGAUGAUCGGCCAGUUUUUCCUAAGGACAGGGCAUGUGCAGUGGCAUGGUUGGCGGGAGGGCUGGAUGGGGAGCGCAAAGAGAGGGAGCUAUGGGAAACUCGAGAGAGGAGGAAGAUUCAGGACAGCUUGGAUGGCAUAGCAAUGCUUCGGGAGAAAGCUCAGGAGAGGCAGCGUCUGCGAAAGCUGCAGGAGAAAGGGGAGACUGAGGUUUCCAAUUCUCCUUCUGAGGAAAACAACCCCAAGAUUUGGACUUCAUCUCAAGUGAAGAUCGAGGCCUUUGUGCAGAGCAGCCUGGAUGCACAUGAGGCGUUCUUGCAGGGUCAGGCAACACACACACAAAAACCAGAAAGUGAGCAAGUAGAGGCAGAUCAGGCAAGUGAAGGGUUGGAAAGGGAGCAACUAGAGAAAGGUGAUCAGAACAAAUCAAACAUGAAUCAGCCGCUGAGAGAGGAGAAAGAAGAGCAAGAGCAAGACGGUGCUGCAGAGAUUGUGCUGGAGACAGAGAAAGCAGAUGAUCACAAACAGCAACUAAAUCAGUCACAUGCAAUCCAGCAGACAAACAUGAGAGAGAACGGAGAGAAGGAGCAGCCUCCUCUUGUCAGGGCAGCUCCUCCUGAAGCAGAGGAGGUAGCACCAGCACAUGGUCCAGGUCCGCUGGUUACAGAGCUUCAGGAUGAAGAGGAGCUUGAAACCAUCCUCCUCCCACUGCAUCGCUCACUACACUUGGACGACCUGCCCGAUCUGGAGGACGUGGACGAUGCAGACUUCACUGCAACGUUCUCCUCACAGCAGCUGUUCAAACCCAUGAUAGAGGUCAUAUCAGGAAGCAGUGAUGAGGAUGAGCCGAGCGGAAACCAGAGCGAGAGCAUCACCAACAUAAGUCCAGACGCAAGUCCAACUUUCACUGAAAUCUCUGAAGAUUCUUCCUCACUGUGGUAUCCGGGGGAUGAAGAUACGACCGAGCCACUGAUAUUUGAGCCGGUGGGGAAGUCGGAGACAAUCCAAGAUUUCUUUCCACCACGCUGCCUGAUUGAGGAGCUCGACUGA